CGAUGGAGAGCGCUGGCACAUGGUCACAGGGAUUGAGCCAUGAGCGACGCCGGCGACACAGCCAGCCGGCGCUGCUGCAGAGGCUUGAUGAGGGCAAGCGCCAGUCGCUGCAGAUGGCAUAUAAGCGUGAGCGCCAACAGGCGCGAGUGCGGCGCGACGAGCAGCCGCAACAACAGCGUCAAAAGCAACGAAUUGAUGUAGUGCAAACUGCAAAAUGCUGCCGCCAGCAGCAGCAGCGCGUUGAGCAGCAGGAGCUGCCAAACACUUUGGGGCAGCAAAGGAAUGCGUUGACAUACUGCCACCACCACCACCAACAACAAAUCGAAGAACAGCAACAACACCACAGCCACCACCAACAGCAACCGCAGGAGCAACAACAACAACAACAUCAACAUCAAACAAUGUCCGUCAAUAAGAAGAAACAAAAACAACUCAAAGCGUCACAAUUACAACAACACCAUUCCCCACAAAAACUUCAACAGCAACAAGAACCGCAACAGCCGCAAAAGUCACAAAAAAAGCCACAACAACCGCAAAAAUACCAGCAACAACAGCAGCGACAUCGCUUGCGACGCGGCGUUCAGACAGUUGCGGCUGCCGCUUAUGGUGCCUUUAGCUACAUCGGUCACAACUACUAUCAUCUGCUGGGCAAUUCCUUGAGCUUUUAUGCCGCUUCGAGUGUUAUUUUGGUGCUCUGCUAUUUGACUACAACAACAGCGGCGGCACACUCGCCCGACAAGGCGCCGUUCGAUAAGCAUCCUAUAUUCGACGAGUCCAGCUCGGAUAAGGAAAUUUUGGACUUGUUGCUGGAGAAGAAACGUUACGAUAAACGUCUACUGCCGCCUGUUAACGGUACUUUGACGGUAAAUGUGAAUGUGUUGCUGCUCAGUUUAGCCUCGCCCGAUGAGAGUAGUUUGAAAUACGAAGUUGAAUUUUUACUCAAUCAACAGUGGAACGAUCCACGUUUACAAUAUGGCAACAAAUCGCAUUAUGACUUCUUGAAUGCGUUGCAUCAUCACGACAGCAUCUGGACACCGGACACCUAUUUCAUUAUGCACGGCGACUUUAAGGAUCCCAUUAUACCAAUGCAUUUUGCUUUAAGAAUCUACCGAAAUGGGACCAUUACGUACGCAAUGAGACGCCAUUUGAUCCUAUCCUGCCAAGGUAGUCUGCACAUAUUCCCAUUCGAUGAUCCAAAGUGCUCCUUCUCAAUGGAAAGCAUUUCCUAUGAGGAGGCCCAAAUCAAGUAUGUUUGGAAAAAUGACGAAGACACGCUGCGAAAGAGCCCAUCUUUAACUACAUUAAACGCGUAUUUAAUAAAAAAUCAAACAACACCCUGCGACCAAAAUAGUUGGCGAGGGAACUACAGCUGUCUUAGGGUCGAUUUAAUAUUUACCAGAGAUCGUGCAUUCUAUUUCACCACCGUUUUUAUACCUGGCAUUAUCCUGGUGACGUCAUCAUUUAUAACAUUCUGGCUAGAAUGGAAUGCAGUUCCGGCUAGAUCAAUGAUAGGUGUAACAACAAUGUUGAAUUUCUUCACAACAUCCAACGGUUUCCGCAGCACACUGCCCGUCGUCUCCAAUCUCACCGCUAUGAAUGUGUGGGAUGGCGUCUGCAUGUGCUUCAUCUAUGCCUCGCUAUUGGAGUUUGUAUGCGUUAAUUAUAUGGGUCGUAAAAGGCCGCAACAUAAUGCUGUCUAUCGGCCAGGCGAGAAUCCUGUCACACAGCGUCUUCCAGCGGUUCUAAGCAGGAUUGGAGUAAUUCUUGCAAGUCCUUUGCGCUUCAUCAUUGCCAACACCAACAGACAAGGUUUGCUUUGUUACCACCAACAACAGCAUCCUCAAAGUCACAACCCUCAUCAGCGCCUUCAGCAAUACUUUUGCUUCAUCUACACUUCAUCUUCAUCAACGCAUCGUCAAAAUCAUAAACAACCAUUCCACAUACCAUCGAUGUCCAUCUCGUCAACAGCCAUCAAAAUCACAGCGCCACACUUUUCAACUCGGAUGUCCCGCAGUGCUGCAAUUGCGCUAUACGGCAACGAAUGAGCAUUCAUCUUUUGUACACAUACAUACACACACACACACACACACAGUCCCACCCACGCCACAAUAGCUCAUAUUCAGCUCACUCAUCACAACUUUGGCACCUCUCUUGCCCCCUUCAAAGAAAAGAAACAGUCCUUUUCCACACCACCACCACUCGGCCACGAAACGGCAUGUAAUUUUCGCCACUACAAAGUCUCCAUGAAAGUUUAAAUCGUUUUAUUCUCUUCUUAAUUUUACUUAGCAAACAAAAGUACUUUUAUU